AUGUCAUCUUUUUCAUCUUUUGCUCCAAAAAGUACACCUAAUGUUGCAAUUUCCUCUGUCUCUUCACCUGUGAGAACACAGCUAUCAACAGCUUCUUCUUCAGCUGCACAAUCUCCUGUACCAUUCAUACCUGAUUCAGACAAGCUUCCGUCUUCCACAAGUCCAUCAGCUUCUGAUAGAGUAUCGGUGAUUUCAUCGAAUGCGGCAUCUGCGGUGUCUUCGGCCGCGUCAAAUCUUAAUGAAUCUUUCAAGAAUCUUGAUUUGAAUGAUGUGAACUCAAUAGUUGAUCUCGAUCAGUAUAACCGCAGUAUCAGCAGCAAAAAUGCCGAAGCAGGUUCUGGUUCUGCUGUUCCUUCAAACGCCAUAUUUGGCAUGGAUGUGAAUGUCCAUGCAUUUCCAGAUCUUACCGGAAGUGAUGCCAGUAGUGUAAAAUCUGGGUCAUCUGCCUCCAAUAAGUCCACAUCCAGCAAAUCGAGCUCCUCGUCAUCAUUAAUAAUUAAGGAGGAAAAGCGCAUAAAGCACGAAUUGAAGCAUUGUUGGAACGACAUCAUAAAUACAUACUGCAAGAAGAACUCAGUGUGUGAACUUAACUUGCCAAAUGAAAUUAUACAUUCGGUGAUGAUUGAGGAUGGUAAGAAAAGAAUUCACAACCCAAAGGCUUUGCUCAAAGCUAAGAAGUUGGUUCUUUCCUUGCUCAGGCAGAAUGUGUAUUGGCAGUUUAUACGGAGUGCGGAAUCGGAUAUUGCCGAACAGGAGUCGCGUGAGAAUCCAUCAAAGUUCUCAAAUUCAAGUGUAUUGGAUGGACGAAAUGUAAUACAUAAUAGCAAGCAGAUCAAUAAUAGGAGAGGACAGCGGGUAUAG